AUUUAUAAUAAUUGUGAAGUAUAGUGAUACUUUUAAAACGAGUCCAAUAUUUGCACAAUUUAAGUGUGUGAUUUUUUUAAUUGUGUGAUUUAGUGCGUUAUUUUCUAAAAUAAUUAUGGUUUUAUUUAAAUGUGAUAUUUUAGUAUUUCUUACAUUAAUCAUUGGCGUUACAAAAUGUGCUUUACAACCGAACAUUGUAUUAAUUAUUGGUGAUGAUAUGGGAUGGAAUGAUGUCGGCUUUCAUGGUAGUAAUCAAAUUCCUACUCCAAAUAUUGAUGCUCUUGCAUACAACGGUGUCAUACUUAACAGUCAUUAUGUUUUGCCUAUUUGCACUCCAUCAAGAGCGGCUUUAAUGACAGGAAAAUACCCUAUUCAUACAGGUAUGCAAGGAUAUCCGCUCCGAGCUAUGGAACCAAGAGCUGUACCACCCGGGAAGUUAUUGCCUGGAUACUUGAAGGAUUUAGGUUACGAUACAAGUUUAGUUGGUAAAUGGCAUUUAGGACACUCACGUUGGAACGAAACUCCAACAGAACGGGGUUUUGAUACACAUAUUGGAUAUUAUUCUGGUUUUGUUAGCUAUUACGAUUUUCUUUAUCAAGAAGCGUAUAAUGGUACAACUUAUACAGGUUUUGAUAUGCGUCGAAAUAAGAAAACAGCAUGGGAAGAUGCUGGACAAUAUGCAACAGACUUUUUUACAAAUGAAGCUGUGAAAUUGAUUAAUAAUCAAGAUAAAAAUCGCCCCAUGUUUAUGGUAUUGAGUCAUUUAGCUGGUCAUACAGGCAACGGCCCAAAAUUUUUGGAAGCACCACAAGAUACAAUCAAUAAAUUAAAUUAUGUAGUGGACGCUGGCAGACGCACAUAUGCGGCUAUGAUAUCAAAAUUGGACGAUAGUGUUGGACAAGUUGUAACUGCUUUAAAGAAAAGACGAAUGCUUGAUAAUACAAUUAUUGUAUUUAUGUCGGAUAAUGGAGCUCCUUCGGUGGGAAUGUAUCAAAAUUAUGGUUCAAACUAUCCAUUACGUGGUGUGAAAGAAACAUUAUGGGAAGGUGGAGUACGUGGUGCAGCAUUCGUGUGGAGUCCAUUGAUACAAGAAACACCACGUGUUUCAAAUGAUCUAUUCCAUAUUUCGGAUUGGUUACCAACAUUGGUGACAGCCGCUGGAGGUGAUAUCAAUAAUAUUGAUCCUGAUUGUGAUGGCAUUGAUCAAUGGUCAUCGCUUGUAUAUAAUUUCCCUACACCUCGAAGCGAAAUUCUAUUAAAUAUUGACGAGAAGUAUCGUACUGCUGCUAUUCGAUAUAAUAAUUGGAAAUUAGUUAUAGGUUCCAUACCUGAUCAUCCCGAAUACGAUGGUUAUUUUGGUGAAAGUGGCAAAAAAAAUUUACGAAAAGUUCCAUACAAUACAACACAAAUAGCACAAAGUCCUGCGGCGAUAGCCAUUGAAGGAACUGGAAUUAUUAUAACACCUGAAUCUGAAUAUAAAAGUUUACGUGAACAAGCAACAUUAUUAUGUUUAACGGAUAACCAAGAUAAACUUACAUCAGCGUGUAAACCUGAAAUCCCAGGUACAAACUGUUUAUACGACAUUUCAAGUGACCCGUGUGAAGAACAUGACUUAUCUCAACUAUUCCCAUAUGUAGUACGGCGAUUAAAGAAGAGUUUAGUCGAUUAUCGUGCAGGCUUAAUACCACAAAAAAACGCACCAUCAGAUCCUGCAGCAAUCGCUGAUAAUUUUGGAUAUGUAUGGACGCCAUGGUUAGAUUCAUCAUCCUCAGCCAGUAGACCAAAGAGUCAAAAUUCAACAUGCCCAAUGGGAACAUGUGAUAUGUGAAAUUAAUGUAGAGUAAAUUAUUCAAUAACAUCAAACAGGGUCGAAAUUUAUGUAAUUUUAAAAAAUGAACAAUAAUUAUAAAAGUGUCAAUUAUAAAUGUACUUUUAGCUUAUUUCCUAGGAUGAUAAUUUAUUAAUAAUAUUUAAGAAACACAA